GGUAGUAAUGUGAAGUUUAAUGAGCACCUGCAAAGUCCUGUAGCAGGGAAGGAACUGCCAUGCCUGUGGGAAUCUUCCGGGUGUGCCUAGUGGUCAUUACAGCUAUUGUCAACCACCCACUCCUCUUCCCUAAAGAGAAUGGCACUGUCCCCGAGAACGCAGAAGAAAUCAUCCAGAAGAUGAAGGAGCGGGAGGAGAGCCUUCGGCUGGAGCAGUUGCGCUUGGAGCAGGAAAUCGCAGACCAGGAAGCCACACAGAAGGCUCUGGAAAAGGCUGCAGAAGUAGUAGAGGAAAGCAAAGAGGAAAAGGUCCGAUGGGAUAUGUGGACUGCCCUUUCCAUGGUCAUCUUCCUGCAACAGGAAGGGAAUUGGCAGGACACAGGAGGAGAAGAGGAUGACAUGGCUGUCCUGGGGAAAGCAUUUAAAGGAGUGACCUUCCCUGACAAGGCUGUCUUGGCCGGCUUCUAUGAGAAGCGCAUCCUGGGUACUACCGGGGACAUGGCCAGGAUGCGGGAGAUGGUGGAAGGCUUUGCAGAUGACUUGCUGGAGGCCUUGAGGAGUGUUUGUAACCGGGAUGCUGACAUGGAAGUGGAGGACUGCAUGGGUGUGGGGAGCAUGUAUGAGAAUUGGAGAGUGCGUAAACCUUUUGUCUGUGAUCUGAUAGUGCCUUUUGCCCCCCCAGAGCCAUACUGUUUCCGGUCCCAGACCUGGUGCUCUGGCGACUCUUCUCCCCCAGAUGAACAAGGUUACGGCACUAUCAAGGUAUGCAGGGCCGAUGAGGAUGUGACAGGUUGCAUCUGUGACAAAACUAAACUAGGGGAAGAUAUGCUGUGCCUCCUCCAUAGCCAAGCCAAUACUACCAGGCCCAGCAGUCAGAUGGAAGACCUCCUGUGCUUCAAAAAUACUCAAUAUCUGGAUGCCGACCAAGUCAUGAAGUGGUUCCAGAUCGCGGUCACCAAGGCCUGGAACAGAAUCUCCCACAAGUACGAAUUUGACCUUUCCUUCAGCCUCCUGGACUCGCCAGGAGCCCUGAAGAUAAAAUUUAGGUCAGGGAAAUCAAUUGCCUUCAACCUCACCCCUGUGGUGCAGUACGAGAACUCUGACGUUUACUUCAUCUCUCAUUUUCCUCGGCGGGGCCUGGCAGCAGACCUCCCCUCCAGCACUCACUGGUUUCUCACCUUCGCAGUGUAUGAGAGGAGGUUCAUCCAGCUGGUUUCCAAAACGCUGCCUGCUAACGCCUGCCAUGUCAGCUGCCUUCAGAUCCUCUCCUUCCUCCAUGGGAAGCAGUGCAGCCUCACAGGUCCAAGUGGGCUCACCAACUACCACCUGAAGACCGUGAUGCUGCAUCUCCUGCAGGCACGCCCCAGUCAGGACUGGGCCCCAGAGAAGUUGGAGGCCCGUCUACAGGACAUGCUGAAAUUCCUGGAGAAAUGUUUGCAUGAGAAGAAGCUCUACCACUUCUUCAUUGGCAAUGGGAGGGUACCAGCAGAGCUGGGCUUCCCAAUCAUAUUCCAGAGGGCUGAGCCUCUCAACCUUUUCCGUCCCUUUGUGCUACACAGGGACGUUUACAGGAAGACAGUGGACACGUUCCACGAGAUGCUCAGGAACAUGUCUGCACUGAUAAAUGAGUAUACGGUGCACAUCCCCCUUACACACACCAAUGGGAUCCAUAAGGAAUCCCUUUAG